AUGCCCCCAUUACGCCCUAUUGAUUUGAAGAGCCAACCAGCACCAUAUCAGGUGAGGUACAAAGUUAUUCAAAAAAUCCAUGCUGUUCUGAAGAAAUCUUCAGCAUCCAGAUUAUCCAAUUGUGACAGGAAAGCAGUUGAACUGGAAGGUGAAGUUGCCAAGAAGAGUUCUUCCGGACAGAGCUACCGCUUUAAUGCGAGUGUGCUCCUUCGUGAUUUAUCGCGGCCCAAUGGACGCUCAACGAAGGCCAAUGGAAAAAUUAAUGAAGCAAGUGGGACCUUAUUGAAGACUCAGGUGCUGGAAAAACUGACUGCCGUUCUGCUUCCUGUGGAGAAGCUAUUAGAGAAUGGAUAUUUCCUCACCACUACGUUGGAAGUCGAUUCAGAUGAUGAUGCCAAGGGUGGUGUUCACAAAGUCUGUAUUCGCUGCAACACGAAGUUCAGAAAAGAUCAAAUAAUGAAGCCCACAACCUGUCGUUAUCACAUUCAAAAACGACGCUAUAACAGAAACACAAAGGUUGCGGAAUAUCCUUGUUGUGGCGAAACUACUUCUUCUUCGUCUCUACUCGGUCUCGGUUGUAAAACAAUGUCACAUCAUGUAUUUAGGCCAGAAACAUUCCAAGAAAUGUCACAAAUAUCCAGAUUCAUGACGACAGACUUGAUUGAAGGCGAAUCAAACGUGUUAGCUCUCGACUGUGAGAUGGCGUUUACAUCCAUGGGCUACGAGCUUAUUAGAUUGACCAUUGUCGAUUUCUUCACAUCUAAGGUUUUAUUUGAUGAAAUAGUGCAACCUUUUGGGGAAAUAGUUGAUCUCAAUACAGAAUUUAGCGGUGUUCAUCUGAUUGAAAAGAAUAAAUCUCUUUCGUUUGAGGAAACAAUGACGAGAGUUCUAAGCAAGAAUCUAAUAAAUCGGAACAGCAUACUAAUUGGUCACGGUAUGGAGAAUGAUUUGAACGUCUUACGUAUUGUUCAUCGCAGAAUCAUUGACACAGCUGUUUUAUAUCCCCAUGGCAAAUUCAAAUCCUCCUUGAAGAAUUUGGCUUUUGAGACAAUAAGCAGGAGAAUUCAGAGUGGAGAACACGAUAGUUCAGAGGAUGCAAUUGCAACGAUGGACGUUCUGAAAUUCAAACUUGGCAUUCCGAUCAACCAAAAAACGUGGAAUUAA